GAUUGUGCAGAAUAACUGAACACAGUUUAAAAACGACCUUUAUUUCUUUCUGUAAUCCACUGCAACACUAAUGUACUUAUCCCAGUGUUUCACCAGUGCUUGGACACCGUAACGGUAGAAAGAUUUCUACGUUUGAAACUCUGGUCUUCCAGGAACUUCUUUGAUGGCCUAAACAUGUGGAAAUGGCUUGGAGUGAAUGUGCAAGUGGUGUUGUUGAAUGAUUGUGUGUACUGUACAGUUCUCACAGACAGAAGUCAAGGAUCAGGUGUUCCACUCACUGAAUGUUCUUGGCAACGACCAUCUUGGCCAGGAUCGUCGUUCGCCAAUGUACGGCCUUCUAUAAAACGUUCGCACCAUUCAAAUAUUUUACUGCAGCUAAGAGUCUUAUUAGCGUACAUUCAUACACAAGAAAUUACAUCAGUCCUGAUUUGACUUGAACGCCCUUGUACAUUUAAAUAGGCAUAAUUACCUUAAAAAAAAUGCAUUAUUAACUUCAGAUGUUAACAUGUCAUAUAUUAGAACGUCAGGUUGUUCCGCGUUCUUAUAGCCUGAAUCAAGUCGUCUGGGGCAACAGCAGGCAAUACUGUGUUACCACACUGGCUCACAACAACAUGAGCUGUCAGAAAGGGUUAUUACAGCCGAGUGAAUCAGACAGAGGGAGGUAGGAGGAGAGAGCAUGGCAGAGAGACAGAGAGAGAGAGAGUCAGAGUGAAAGAGCAAAAGAGAGAGGGAGGGGAGGAGGAGAGCUGGGGUGAGGGCUGGUUGAGUGUGUGGGAGUGCUGCACCAGAGAGCAAGAGAACGAGAGGACGUUGGCGGGAUUCAAAAGAGAAAAAGAAAAGCAAAGAGAAAGACUGGAACAAGUGUGCACACGGACAUAGUCGAAAGCGUGAGGACCGUGGGUGUGCGUGUGUCCGUGUGCGUGAGUGUGCUCAGCAAAGUGCACGUGUGUGUAUGUGUGUGUGCGCGCGCGUGUUGAGUUACAGUGAUGUUGGAGCACUCGUCUGAACGAGGCUUUGUGCCUAGUGUGUGUGUGGAUGGCAUGCGCUACUCCUCCACUACCAACAACCCUGUCACCAUGAGGACCAGUGAGGAGCUGCUGCUGAGUAACGGCACAGCUGGGAAGAUGAACGGAGCUCUGGAGCAUUCGGAUCAGCCGGAUCCGGACGCGAUUAAGAUGUUUGUGGGUCAGAUCCCUCGCUCCUGGUCUGAGAAGGAACUGAAGGAGCUGUUCGAGCCGUACGGGGCCGUCUAUCAGAUUAACAUCCUGAGAGACCGCAGUCAAAACCCACCACAGAGCAAAGGAUGCUGUUUUGUCACAUUCUACACACGGAAAGCCGCUCUCGAGGCUCAGAACGCUCUCCACAACAUCAAAACCUUAACCGGGAUGCACCAUCCCAUCCAGAUGAAGCCUGCAGACAGUGAGAAGUCAAAUGCGGUGGAGGACAGGAAGUUGUUUAUCGGCAUGGUGUCAAAGAAGUGUAACGAGAACGAUAUCCGGGUCAUGUUCUCUUCUUUCGGUCAGAUUGAGGAGUGUCGCAUACUGAGAGGUCCGGACGGACUUAGCCGAGGAUGUGCGUUUGUCACGUUUUCUACCAGGGCUAUGGCACAGAAUGCAAUCAAAGCCAUGCAUCAGUCUCAGACCAUGGAGGGAUGCUCCUCGCCCAUGGUGGUAAAGUUCGCCGACACUCAGAAGGAUAAGGAGCAGCGGCGGCUGCAGCAGCAGUUAGCUCAGCAGAUGCAGCAGCUGAACAGCGCCUCUGCCUGGGGCAGUCUGACCGGCUUGACCGGCCUCACCCCUCAGUACCUGGCAGUAAGAGGCCACACCCACUCGGCCACGCCCAUCAGCACCACAUUGCUACAGCAGGCAACCUCAUCCAGUAAUCUCGGAGCGUUCAGUGGGAUCCAGCAGAUGGCAGGUAUGAACGCUCUGCAGUUACAGAAUCUGGCCACUCUAGCAGCGGCCGCCGCGGCAGCUCAGAGCUCGGCCAGCCCGUCCACCGCUAGUGCCCUGACCUCCAGCACAGGCUCUCUGGGAGCUCUGGCCAGCCCAGCAGGCUCCACUGCUAACUCGAGUGCCGGAGCGAUGGGUUCUCUCGGCUCUUUGGGGACCCUGCAAGGCCUCGCCGGGGCCACCGUGGGCCUCAACAACAUUAAUGCACUAGCAGGUAGCGUCAACAUUGCUCACAUGCUCUCAGGUGUGGCUGCCCUGAAUGGCGGCGGCUCAGCCGGCCCCAUGGAUGCCCUCACUCAGGCUUACUCAGGAAUCCAGCAGUACGCCGCCGCCGCCCUGCCCACACUCUACAGCCAGAGCUUACUGCAGCAGCAGAGCGCAGCCGGGAGCCAGAAAGAGGGACCAGAAGGGGCAAACCUUUUCAUAUAUCACCUGCCGCAGGAGUUCGGGGACCAGGACAUUCUGCAGAUGUUCAUGCCUUUUGGAAAUGUCGUUUCGGCCAAAGUGUUCAUCGACAAACAGACCAAUCUGAGCAAGUGCUUCGGUUUCGUCAGUUAUGACAAUCCCGUGUCGGCACAAGCAGCCAUUCAGGCGAUGAACGGGUUUCAGAUCGGAAUGAAGCGCCUGAAGGUGCAGCUGAAGCGCUCAAAGAACGACAGCAAGCCCUACUGAUCUAUUUGCUAGGGCCUCUCCUCUCUGUCCCUACACUGCUAGGAAACUCAUCUCCAUGACUCUUUGCUCAUCGUUUGCCUAGCAUGUCUACGUGGCGUUCAAAAAAAAAAAAAAAACACGUCUCAUCGUCUCGUCAUUGUCUCCGAUGUCUUUCUGAGUUCUCCUGAUCAUAAUCUGGUCUCCUCCUACUGAUCUCUCCUCGACUUUGAUCUUAGCUUGAUCUUUGUUUUUUUUUUUUGUUCGUUUUUUUUUUUUUCUUUUUUUUUUUUCUUUAUUGUUGUUUUUUUUUUGCAUGUGACCUCAUUUGGAGCUUUUAACUGUUAUUUUUUUCUGUUUUUGACCUUUGUUUUGUUUGUGUUCUUUCUCUUUUUAUGAUAACAGUUAGGGGAGGGAAUGGGGGGAAGAAAAGAAGGAAGGAAAAAAAAUCAAUCACAACAAAUGUGAAAAAGCUAAAGCGCUAAAGCCGCGUUCUCACUCGCGAAUAGUUAGGUAGAUAGGUAGAGUCUAUUUAAUAGUUUAACCCGAAGCGUCGUCAUUUUAAGAAGCGCUGUUUUGAACAUUUCGCAAAUGUAACGAAUUAAAAAAUAAUAAUAAACAAACCUGUGGCAAAGAAAUUUUAAAAAAUGCUUCAUUUGCUAGCUUACAAUUUUUUCUUAUGAUUUGCUUUACAUUUCAUUUUUUUAGUUUCUUUCAUUCAUUUAAAGUAAACUUGAAAGUACAAUACAGGGAUUGGCUUCUGGACUUCCUGUCAGGGCGUCUCACAGCAUGAGACGUGCAGGUAGCCUGAGCUGGUUUCUACGAGAACUAGACUACUUCCAAGCAGUUUUAAUAAAUAUAUAGAUAUAUAAAUAUAUAUAUUAAAAAAAAAACUGUCUAAUUGAACUUAAGAGUCUCUCAGAGCGAGCUUGUGGUUUUUACAUUUUUCAGGCAGUGUAAAGUUUUUUGAUAAGGCCAUUUGAAGUGGCUCGGUUUCUCAUUAAAGUCUAUAUAAAACCACUUUUUUCUAGAGUAGUAAAGGUAUAAAAUAAAAAAAAGAAAAAAAAAGCCAAGAAAAAAAAAGAGUGCCCUGUUUGGGGGAAAUGCUACCUACAUGUCACACCUUUUUGCUGAACUGAUCUACCGUUAGACAAUCCGUGGUAUAAAUGCACAUGAAAUGACCUAUAUUUUAUACUGUUUAAAUGUAUAGAGGAAAAAAAACAAACAAAAAAAAGAAAAAAAAACAACAACAGUUUGUGUGACCCGCGUUCCCGUCGGUGCUUUUUGUGGAUUUCAGUCGUGGUUUCAUCACAAGUCUAAUAGUCUUAUUCGUCUUGUGUUUUUAAAGAGAAGACUAAAAAUCGGUUUACUUGAACAUAGACAAAAACCUAUCAUAGUACUAUUGCUACUAGAGUAUACCUGUUUUUUCGUUUGUUUGAUUGUUUUCUUUUGUUUACUUUUUUUUUUUCAUUUCUUUUUUUUUUCCUUUUUUUUUUAAAAGUCCCUAUUUGAAAUUUCUUGUCGGGUAAUUAGCUAUAUAAACCUUUUACAAUGUCAGCUUGUGAAGCAUCAGUGUCAUUCUUCUUAUUAUUUGAAAUUUCGAUUGUGGGAAACAAUAUUUAGUAUACCGUGUUGUUGCGUUCAGCGAAAUGUACUUUUUUUUCUUUCAACGGAAACAUGAAAAAAAACGAAAAAAAAAACAAAACAA